AUGGCUCAUGAGUUCAUUUCGAAAGGCUUCCGGAAAUUUUGGAAUCGAUCGGAGAUUCGUGUAUCGGUUCUAGUGAGUCUGGUCUUACAAAUCAUUCUGGUAGUGUUGGGAAAAAGGAGAAAGUAUUCAACAAAAAUAUGGAUUAGAUUCAUUCUAUGGCUGUCAUAUUUGUUAGCCGACUGGGUAGCAACACUAUCUAUUGGUGUACUUUCCAAUUUACAAGGGAGCGAAUCAGAUGAUGACACUUCAACGAGCCAAAAUUACACUGUAACAUCAUUCUGGGCUCCUUUUCUUCUUCUUCACCUGGGUGGCCCGGACACCAUUACGGCUUAUUCCUUAGAAGACAACGAGCUAUGGUGGAGAAACUUUGUUACGCUUGGGGGACAGCUGGGAGCUGUUUUCUACAUCUUCCUCAAUGCUUGGUCGAAUAAUAUCCUCAACUUUCUAUCUAUUCCGAUUCUUAUAGCUGGGUUCAUCAAGUUUGGAGAGAGGAUCUGGGCUCUAAGGCGUGCCAGUAGUGAAUGCUUUAGAAAAUCCAUGUUCCCUUCUCCUGAAGCAGGCCCCAGUUACUCAAGGCACAUGGACGAAUAUUGGUCCAAGAGAGAGGAGGGUUUUAAGGUGUCUUUUGAGACAACAUUUGAAGUUCCCACGGUUGGUCACACUCAUCAUCAUCAUCUCCGCAGUGUCAUCCGACCAAACAGCAUAGUCCCUUACGCACACAACCUCCAACACGCCCACAAAUUCUUCGGCAUGUUCAAGCCCCUUUUCGCAGACCUUAUCCUCAGCAUCCAUGACAUAGUACAUAGUCAGUCGUUCUUCCAGGAAACAUCUUGCGAUGAAGUUUUUAGGGUGAUAGAGAUCGAGCUGGGGUUCAUGUACGACGUGUUCUAUACGAAGGCUCUCAAAUUUAACUCCGCUCUUGGUUGUUUUUCCUGUUUCAUCACAUGCGCUUGUGUGGUAUCUGUGUCUGUGGUUUUCUUCAUCACUGACAAACGACACUACUACACCGUAGACAUAGUCAUCACCUACAUAUUGCUGGCUGGAGCUAUUCUCCUGGAGAUAUAUGCUUUAUUUUUACUACUCUGCUCCGACUGGAUAAUGCUUUUGCUGAGCAAGCACAGGAAUGGAGUGGUUGUGAAUCGUUUAUACAAAGCAAUUUCUUUAAUUUCACCAUCCACAGAACAAAGCAAGAGGUGGUCUAAUAAAGUUGGACAACACAACCUUAUAAGUUUUUGCCUCAAAAAGUCUACUAAAAGGUGUUGGUUUUUACGCUAUUAUGAUAAGUUAAUGUUCAAGUACUGCUAUGAUAGACCUAGUAUUGCAAAAAAUAAUAAGUUGAAAGAACUCAUCUUUCAGCAGCUUCUGAUGAAAUUAAAAUUACAGAGAAACACUGACCUUAGCGCUUGCAAGGAAUUAUGCGAUCAAAGGGGUGAAUGGGUUCUCAAAAAUGAGAAAUGUGACCACAUUUUUGGAUGGAGCAUCAGAGGAGAAUUCGACCAGAGUAUCCUUCUUUGGCAUAUUGCAACAGAUCUUUGUUAUGAUGAAGAUAGUGGUGGUGAUGAGAGCUCAAGUGGUACUUCUCGACGGGAGUAUCCUCCGGGGGAGCUGAGCAAGUUGAUGUCGGAAUAUAUGAUGUACAUUCUUGACUUGCGACCCUUUAUGCUGCCCAAUGGUAUUGGGCAAAUCAGGUUCCAAGACACAUGCUCUGAGGCCACUGAGUUCUUCAAAGAAAAAAGAUCCAUAGCGGAUGAAGGCAGGGCUCGUAGAGGAUUGUUAAGAGUUAGCACAACAAUUGCUCCGUCGGAAGUGAAAAGAGGUAGAAGCAGCACGGUGUUGUUUGAGGCCUGUAGGCUUGCGAAAGACCUGCAGUCCCUUGAAAGAGAAGAGAAUUGGGACAGAGAAAAGAAGUGGAAUCUGAUAAACCAUGUUUGGGUGGAAAUAUUAUGUUAUGCUGCUAGCCAAUGCCAAGGGAAUCAUCAUGCUCAACAGCUAAGGCGAGGUGGCGAGUUGCUCACUCAUGUCUGGCUUCUUAUGGCCCAUCUUGGUAUAACCAAACAUUUUCAAAUUGCAGAUGGCCAUGCAAGGGGUGUUAAGAUGAUUUUUUAUUGA